GGAGAAAAAUUAGGGAUGUUUUUCAAUUUUCUCAGUAAAGUUUGCCGCCAUUACCUUCGAUUUUCCCUCCAAAAUUCCUGCUCUUCCCUCCAAAAACGAAAUCCCUUCCUCUCCUUCUCUCCGUCGCUGCAUCUAAGCAAUAUUCUCUCUCCACUCUGAUCUUUUCAGAUGAAAUUGAAGUGAAAUGGGUUCGCUUGGGGAUGGUGCUAGUGAAUUUAAGCCCUCUGAAGGGCACCAGCAUGCGGAUUUUGCCCAUACCGAGACACAGCCUUUCGAUUCUCAGUCUUCACCGCUUCAAUUUCCAGGUGAUGAAAUUAAUGAUGGGGAUGCUGAUGAAUUACAAUUUACUGCACCAUUUUAUGAUGAUUUUCUGGUUGAUGAUCCAAUGGAAACACAAGUUGUGAGUCUUGUUGAGGAAACCCAAGUGUUGAAUUUUGGUGGUGAAACACAAGUUUUGGAUGAUCCAUAUUGUAUUGAAAAUAUGGGAAUGGGUACACAGUUAUUGGAUGAGUUUGAUGAUGAAGUUGCUCUUGAUGGCGAUGGUGAAGGGACAGAUACUACUGAAAUUUUGUCUGACGGUGAUGAACUUCCUGAUGAUAAGUCUGUUAGAAGAGACCACAGUCCAUCAUUGGGUGAGAAGAAUAUUAAGUGUUCUUCUCCCUGUGCACAUAAUAAGAAGUGUUCGAUGGGGCGAUCCGAUGACUUUACUGAUGAACAGAGAAGUUCAGGUCCACCUGAUUCUGUAAUGAUGCCAGAAGUUAAAGCUAUCCCAAAACCAAAAUCUGGGCCUGCACCAAAAUUUACUGCAGUUCGUGCAGAAUCCUUGCGGGCUUCUGGUCUGGCAGCACGUAAUUUGGCUCUGAAAGGAAUUGAGAAGGGCCCUUCUUCUGUGCUUACUGAUAAUCAGUUUGUGAACCAAUUCACUGUCCACAACAGCAAUAAUGGGUCAAAUGCAGAAGUUGAGGACAAUGUUCGGGUGCAUGGUGUGGAGAAGAAUGAAACCUUGGAGAUAUUGAGUAAUGUAAACAACAGCAAAGUUGGCGGUUCAGCAGCAAGAAAACUCCUCUAUGAGGAAGCAGUUACUGAUGCCAAUAGAUUUUCCUCCACUACUGAAGAUUCAGAUGCAAGAGUGGACUUGGAUCCUCUCUGUGAUGUUCCUUUGGCAGGUUUAAGUUAUAUUGACUCUCAAGAACCUGGGGAAUUGUCCCAAGCCAAUGCACUUAAUUUUGUGGAUAGGCUCAUUAAUUUUAAUUUGAAGGAGUCUGAUGUUGAAGUUGGCCAUAUAAAGUGUUUCAGGGGAAAAUCAAAACCUGUUUCAAGUGCAAAAGGGCCAAAAGAUUUGGCUAAGAAGACCAAUGAAAGAAUCUUGUUUGGAGAAACAUGUAUCUUUGAUUGGGAUGAUACCUGUGAGGAUGAUAGAGGAGGAGAUAUUUUCUGUAGGAAGAAGGAAGAAUUCUUUGGUAGAGGAAGCCAUGCAAGGAAAUCUUAUACUGAACCCCGCAGGCCUAAAGGAAGGAAACUAUAUGAAUGUAGAGAUAAAAAAGAACAACCAUGUGAUGAUGAUCAAAUAAUGGCUCAUUCUGAUUCAAAAGUAAUGUAUGAAGAUACUAAAGAGAAAGAGCAGACAGGGCAAGAUGCUGAAAUGAAUUUUAGAAGGAAUCUUGUCACUGAGUUUGAUCAACAGUGUAAUAUAGAUGUCUCAAGAGGACAGGUGGAGACCACUGCUACCGAGGCAAAUAUGCUAGAACUGCAAGAUGUUGGUUUUGACACUCAAAUGGCUGCUGAAGCUAUGGAAGCCUUGGGCUACGAAGUGGAGAUAACUGACCAUGGGGCUAAUGUUAACUGUCAAGGUGACCAAAAUGAACUUAAGGGUUCCCCUAAACCUUCUCCACGAGUCAAACCUAGAAAGAGGGUUUUGCGAAGACAAACAACAGCAGGCAUUGAGGUUUGUCGUUCUGAUACUGAUCUUGCUAUAAGACGAUCAAAGAGAAAGAGGCAAAGUAUUGGAUUAUGUGAAGAGCCUUCCAUAUUGUUGAAGAAAUGUUCCAAGAAUGUCAGGAAGAAAUGUGAUACAGAGUCACUGAUGCCAAAAACAAAGAGGACUAAGCCAAUUUUUGAAAAACACCAUGCUGCUAAUGGAGGUGAAGACUUGGGUAGAAUUUGCAAGAGUGUUAAUGAAAGAAUCAAGGAUGCUCCUAUGGAAAGAAGUCAACCACAUGAGUCUACUACACUUCAUAGAACUGGAAAACUAGCUGGAGAUAGCUUGGUUAAGAGAUCAUAUUUGCAGGAGAAACUUUGUGCUUCUACUCCCAUUGCUCAUCGAACUAGGCAGUCCAUGAUUGUAAAUUUGAAAAGGGCUGAGAAAACACCCACUGAUCAUACAGAAGUUUCAAACCCAUCAGUGGAGGCUAGUUCCCUUCAAGAGAAAAGAACCGGUAGCUUCCCUAAGCAAAGAAGAUCCUGUCAGAAAAUGUCUGUUAAUAAUCAUGAAUGUAAUAACUCAGAUGCUCUCCACAAACCAUCGGUUUUGCUAGAGGAAAAAGGUAAAUCUAAUGAUAAGCCAAAGAGGUCUAGAAGCAACAUCAGAAGCACCUGUGUUGAUUUGACUAUGAGGAGAGAAACACGAUCUGCAGCGAGAAAUUCUGCGGGCAAAGUGGCAGAGAAAAGUAGUGACAAAGAGGAAAGUAAUAGCAAACAACAGGGCUUGGGGGUUGAUGUUCACCAGAUAUCUGCUGACAUGAAUGGGAAGAUGAAAUCUAGAAUUAUGGGGGUGAAGGUGAUCAAUCAUUCUGACAGGAGUGAUGCAGUUUCACUGGCUAGUGUGGAAGCAGAUUUCACCUUACAUAAAUCCCCAAAAGACAAACCCGAUCCUUCAGUGUGUAUUACUCCGGUUAACCAUGCGACACCCAUCAAGGCAGCAUCACCUGUCUGCAUAGGCGGCGAAUAUUUUAAACAAUCAUGCAAGAAAAACCUGUCAAGAACUUCCCUCUUGAAUGAAAUCCGAAGUCUUAACCCCUCAGAGCCAGAUCCUAUUUCUCCGCUUAAAGAUACAAGAAAGAGGAGAGAUUUGGCAGAUAUCCGGGUCAUGUUUAGCCACCAUUUGGACGAUGAUAUUAUUAAACAGCAGAGAAAGAUUUCGGUGCGCCUAGGGAUUCCUGAAGUCUCCUCUAUUUUAGAUGCAACACAUUUUGUAACAGAUAAAUUUGUGCGCACAAGGAAUAUGUUAGAAGCAAUGGCUUCUGGCAAACCAGUUGUUACGCAUCUAUGGCUUGAGAGUGUUGGACAGGUUAACAUACAUAUUGAUGAGGAAACUUGUUUACUGAGGGACAUCAAGAAGGAAAAGGAGUUUGGCUUCUGUAUGCCUGUUUCUUUGGCACGUGCACGAAAGCAUCCCUUAUUAGAGGGUCGAAGAGUUUUCAUCACACCAAAUACAAAACCUGGGAAAGACAUAAUUUCAAGUUUGGUAAAGGCAGUUCAUGGCAAGGCAGUAGAGAGAAUCAGCAGAUCUGUCCUGAAGGAUGAUAAAAUCCCAGAUGAUAUGCUGGUUCUAUCCUGUGAAGAUGAUUUUGCAACUUGUGUGCCCUUUCUUGAAAAAGGCGCAGCAGUUUACAGUUCAGAGCUGCUAUUGAAUGGAAUAGUUACUCAGAGGCUGGAGUAUGAAAGGCAUCGACUCUUUGCAGAGCAAGUUAAGAGAACUCGCUCUACCAUAUGGCUGAAAAGCAAUGAUAAGUUCCUUCCUGUAACGAAGCUUAAAUAAAAUCUUGUUCAUUCAUUCUUUUCUUUUCCAAUUUUCAUCUUGCCUGCUCUUUACUGUAAUCUUGCCUCAUGUACAGUUACUUUUUUAAUCAAAUGUAACAGCAACAGGACAAUGUCAAAUGACUGUCCAAUGUAUAUGGGAGAAAAACAUUAGUUCCCUUUAUACAUUCUACCAUUCCAUGGACAAAAAUGUAGUGAACGAGACCUUUCUUUGAUUGAUUGCUGCUUGUACAAAAGAAAGUAACGUACACUAA